CAAGUUUCGGCUUCUCCACUGGAUUAGGAGCAAUGUCCUCCAUGUCAUCGUUUCUCCGGCGAAGGUCUUCUGGCCGAUCAUCGCCGCUGAGUCGUCUCAUCAUCUGCCUUCAACGAAGGUCUAUCUCAGACUCGCCGGCAAGGGCGUCCCCGAGCAUCGAGAAGAUCCUCGUCGCGAACCGAGGGGAAAUCGCAUGCAGGAUCAUGAGGACGGCCAGGCGGCUCGGCAUUCGCACUGUUGCCGUAUUUAGCGACGCCGAUGAGGGUGCUCUCCAUGUAAAGUCUGCCGACGAGGCAGUGCGCAUCGGCCCGCCGCCCGCCCGAUCGAGCUACCUGAAUGCUUCUGUCAUCGUGGAGGCCGCUCUUCGCACUGGCGUUCAGGCUAUCCAUCCAGGAUAUGGUUUUCUGUCAGAAAGUGCUGAAUUUGCUCAACUAUGUGAAGACAAGGGAUUAACAUUCAUCGGGCCACCUGCAUCUGCAAUCAGAGAUAUGGGAGAUAAGAGUGCAUCAAAGCGGAUAAUGGGUGCUGCAGGGGUACCACUAGUGCCUGGAUAUCAUGGUGAGGAACAGGACAUUGAUUUUCUAAAAGCAGAAGCACACAAGAUUGGAUACCCUGUCUUGAUAAAACCAACCCACGGCGGUGGAGGAAAGGGCAUGAGGAUAGUUCAUGGACCUAAUGAGUUUGUUGAAUCAGUUCUGGGAGCUCAACGUGAAGCUGCUGCUUCUUUUGGUGUAAAUACUUUACUGUUGGAGAAAUAUAUUACAAGGCCAAGGCACAUUGAAGUUCAGAUAUUUGGGGACAAGCAUGGGAAUGUUAUCCAUCUGUAUGAAAGAGAUUGCAGCGUGCAGAGGAGACACCAAAAGAUAAUUGAAGAAGCGCCAGCACCAAAUGUGAAGCAUGAAUUUCGAUCUCACUUGGGUGAAGCUGCUGUUUCUGCUGCAAAGGCAGUAGCUUACCACAAUGCGGGCACCGUGGAAUUCAUAGUGGAUACAUCAUCGGGUGAAUUCUAUUUUAUGGAGAUGAACACACGUCUACAGGUUGAGCACCCUGUGACUGAGAUGAUUGUAGAGCAAGAUCUUGUGGAAUGGCAGAUUCGUGUUGCAAAUGGAGAAAAUCUUCCAUUGACUCAAUCUCAGGUGCCCUUAACCGGGCAUGCCUUCGAAGCACGUAUAUAUGCUGAAAAUGUUCCUAAAGGAUUUCUUCCUGCUGCAGGCAUCCUGCAUCAUUACCAACCUGUCUCUGUUUCACCAACAGUGAGAGUUGAGACUGGAGUCGAAGAAGGAGAUAGUGUUAGUGUGCAUUAUGAUCCUAUGAUUGCUAAGCUUGUAGUGUGGGGAGAAAAUCGUUCCGCAGCUUUGGUUAAAUUGAGACACUGCCUUUCACAAUUUCAGGUUGCAGGCCUACCAACUAAUACUAGAUUCCUUCAGCAGCUUGCAAGCCAUUGGGCAUUUGAAAGAGGCCUGGUAGAAACACAUUUUAUUGAGCAUUUCAAAAGUGACCUAUUCCCUGCCUCAAGUGAUGCUACAGGAAAAGCUGCAUAUACUGCUGCUAAUAUUAGUGCAUCCUUACUUGCUGCUUGUAUUUGCAAAUGUGAACAUAAUGAAUCACUGGCCAGCAUUCCAGGUAGGGGAAAUUUAUUGCCAUUAUGGUACUCCCAUCCACCAUUUCGCAAUCAUCACUUUGCAAAGCAAGAAAUGGAACUUGAAUGGCAACCAGAUGUUGCUGAUAUGAACUCAGUGCCAAUGAAACUUGUAAUGACUUGUCAAUCUGAUGGAAGGUACUUUGUUAAGACUGAGGAUAAUGAUUCAUCUGGAGUAACUGUUGGUGUUGUGCGUCUAGAAGACCAUGUUUUCAAGGUUGACGUGGAUGGUUGGAGAAUAGAUGUUUGCCUGGCAGUUUAUUAUAAGGACCAUGUGAAGCACAUGCAUGUCUGGCAUGGGCAGCAUCAUCACCACUUCACUCAGAAGGCACCUUUGAAACGAUCAACUGAUGAGGGUUUGGAUGUCAGAUCGAGAUUUGAGGCUGCAAAUCUUCCAAAAGGAACUGUUGUGGCACCCAUGGCCGGUUUGGUGGUGAAGCUCCUGGUGGAGGAUGGGAUGAAGGUGGAAGAAGGUCAACCCAUGUUGGUCUUGGAAGCCAUGAAAAUGGAGCAUGUUGUCAAAGCCCCCUGUUCUGGAUAUGUUCGUGGGCUUCAAGUGACUGCUGGUCAGCAAAUAUUCGAUAGCAGUGUGCUGUUCACUAUACAGGAUGAAUAGGUUAGGCCUCAAAAGAGAUGAAACAUUCUGGACGACUCCUCUGCCUGAUACUCCAGUACCAAUCAGCACGAGUGCCUCGCAUCUGUAUCAGUAUAUUGUAUCAUAAGAAUAAAUUUCAGUUUCUUCAAUAAAAUCACCUAAUAAUCGUUCUUUAAUCUAA